GGGAUUGCGCCGACAAGCACCUACGGGUCAUUGAUGAAAUGAAAACAUUGUGAAUUGUUUUGAAGAAUCUUAAUAUUGCCGUAGUGUUAUGUUUAUGGUGAAAAAAGAAACCUUCAAGAAGAUAUUCUGCACAGAGUUUAGCAAAAUGUCGUUGUGCUGUGAUUUUUCACGAGAAUACAAAGGAAAAUUAGAAUCGGUCAUUAAUGACAUUAAAAAUGGAGGUGUGAUUUGACGUUUUCCACGCAUAACUCUAUUGUGCCCUAAUGUAGUUUUCGUGAAAAGUUGCCUAAUCCUCACCAAAGAAAACCUCUGAGGCGGCGUAUUUUAAUGUAAGUUUUCUAGAUAUUACAUGCAAAAUUAGCUUGGUGUAGUUUUGUUUGACAUCGCUCGACAUUGAUUACGGGGCGUUACGAUUUAUCAGUAGACAAGCAAGUAAACACGUCAAUUAAUGUUCAUGUGUUUAUUUGGAAAAAACGAAUAACACUUGAGAUGUUCGUAUUUACUUGAACUUAAGUCAAAAUGUUAUGGAAAUUUCUCAGUUAACAGGUGUGAUCCCUAUUAAGUUUUUUCAAACAGACCGUGGUUAUCUGUAAUUCCACGUUUUUAAAGCUCUGUAAUUGGAUGAUAAGUGUUAGGUAAUGCGUUGAUAAACUUCCGUCAUCUAGUUUGAGACGCAGUUGGGUUGCGUUUCGCAGCUGCGAAAUCCGUAGCUAUUUGUUCACUGUGGAAGAGGUUUCAAAGUCCUCGCGAAGUAUCUAUUGAUUGCAGAACCGUUCCUUACCAGAAGAGCUAUCAUUUUCAUCGUAAAAUGGAGCAACCCUUGAAAGAAGAGAAGUCAAAGAGCGAGUCGUGUGAUCAACCGAGUUCGUCAGCUCCCGACACAGGCAGCUCUGAGUUUCCUCGCGGCUCCGCAAAUCGUAAAGAAAGAAAACGCACUCUUACAAUGAACACAGCAUUUGCUGAGCUUCGGGAUCAUAUCCCAAACGUCCCCCCAGACACGAAGCUUUCGAAAAUCAAAACACUCAGGCUUGCCAUUAGCUACAUCAAGUUUCUGAUGGAAAUUCUCGAGGAGAGCAAUGAAGGGAAGACGAGCCGAAGUCAUCGCAACUUUGUAGCGGAUUUAUCGUUUCAAAAUGAGGGCCGAGAGAAGAGAAAAAGAGAAAAUAAUCUUGCCAGCCAAAAUGAUUCUACUCAGAGAAAGAGAGGUCGAACGGGAUGGCCGCAGUAUGUAUGGGCAAUGGAGCUGAGGAACUAAGAUGCUCUGCCACUCCGAACCUGCUUAAUUCCUAAUACCUCCGGGCGCAAAAUGCGGACGUGAGUCCCAGGAAAGAGAAACAGAUUUUUAAACGUUGACGGUAUGGGUCGCACUUGCGAAAUCACGACUCACACGUUCUCUUGGAUCAGCCACAAUUGAAUGCAUCACAUCUAUUUCCGAACCUUCGCCUGUUGUCUGCGGGACGCUAUCAUGAGACACUUCAUCUUAUUGUUCUACCGUAAUUUCGUCGUUUCAAUUUUACAAGUUAGAUGUUGGCUCUUAAAUUCACUGAUCUAGCGAACAUUGCUUUAUUACGACGUGUACAUGCAAAGCAACAUACGAAGCGUCCAAAUAAAGGUGUGAGGGGAGAUGGCUAAAUCUUCAAUGGUUGAACAAUUAAAUUCGCAAUAUAGUUUUAAUCGAUCGGUGAGUGAAAUUUUAAGCUUUUUUGACGGAGAUGGCGAAGGCGCUAGAUGCGCAUGGGAACACUCGAGAGUAUAGUGUAAAUAAUAAACAUUUAUGGGAUUAGUUUGUUAUUGCGGAUAGUUUUGUUUUGCAGCAAAGAUAAUCAACAGCUAUGGCACUUGAGCAUCGUGAGCGACCAAUGUGAAAUAAUAUCUCGCUUAUUCUUUAAAACGUGAAUCAUUUCUCAGCAAAAUUUCACCUAUAAUAUAGAGACAACCUCUAUUUUUUAAACGUACUUGAUGACCCUUGUAAAAAACGUUGCUACAUAGACCUAUUAUCAUAAUUCAACAGAGCUCUUGUGUAGUUUAUAUUUAACAUAGAUGAAAAUCUUUGGUUGAUUUUUAAACACUUAAAGUAGUUUGUUAACUUCAAGGUACAUCAGUGAGUAAGUGGGUGGAACGAAAACACUUUAAGCUUAUUUAUUGUUAUUUUACUCGAAGUUGUGAAUAUUUAUAAAAUUACUUACUGUUUUUACUCGAAGCGCGUCACAGAAAUUUCUCGUUAAAUAGCUAUCAAAAUGUAAUAUACAAUUAAACAGAAAAUUGCCCUCAUAAACAAUAGACUUUGAAGGUUUGUCAUAUACUAACUUACAUAUUAUAGAAAGCUGAGGUUUUGGCGCUAAAAUUCACGAUACAUGGCUCUUAAUUUACGUCACAUAUGCUUCUUCAAUCUUCGUAACUUACAAGAACACGUUUUUCUCUCGCACGUCGGCGUUUGAACCUAAAUCCAAGAAGUAUUAAGAAAUUUUGCGGUUUGUGGUUGAAAAUGAGCCGGAUUUCAUAUUUAGAACAUGGUUUUAGCUGCCUCGCCCGUGCUCUAGAAAUCUCAACUGAUAUGCAAGAGGGUUAAAGCCGAGAAAUGACGGUCUUUUCUCUUUUCUCCCGCUGCUGAAGGCAAAAGAGUCAGUAUGUGAAACGAACCAGCCGCCUAGUUAAAGCAGCGCUGUAGAAUAUUCUAGAGGCAAACAGGACAUGAGCGCCAAAGGAAAACUACGUGCGGCCAAAACGUAAUGCGCAGAGGAAUUUUAAAAAAACGUUUCAUUCAUAAAAGAGUAAUCAAGAGUAGGCUUUUGCUGCAAAGCGGAGGAAUUUUUGACAAAACAUUUCACUCGUUAAAGGGCGAUCAAGAGAGAGAGACAGCUUUUGCUGUAAAGGAUUAAAUCUCUAUCGAAUCCUAUAAAAACGUAACCGUCUUUUCAAAAAUCUUUUUUUGCAAAUUUUUACAUCGCUCUAACUAUUUCACAAGACACCGACUCGGAAAAUUCGAUCAAGUGUAUCACCUGAACUUGGUUCGCUGGUAUGAGUUAAUGAAACCUAAUCAGAACGCCGAUUACAUCAAGGAACUCGAAAAAACAUGAGUGGAUGUAUUCACGACACUGCACUGGAUAAUUUUGUUACCCGUGCACUUAAGUUCGUUUGCCUGCUAAAGACAAGUUCUUCCUGCGACUGAAAUGACCGCAUUAUACGUUAGUCAAGGUAAAGAAAACCGUUAAUAGACCAGUCAAUUUGAAAUCGA